GCUGGAGCACCCCGCUGUUGCUGGGGCACCCCAAGGCUGCUGAAACACCCCACGGCCGUGGCGGCGGCGGCUGCUGGGGCACCCCGUGGCUGCUGAGGGGGCAGGUGCUCCCGGCGUAGGGGUCGCCCGUGCGCCCCCACAGGAGGACAGGUGUGCGUCGCAGUUGCCUUCCUGCUACUCCGCUGGACGACCUUCGGGAGUGGGAGGCUGAAAUACUACAAAAAUCUGUUAAAAUCCUAACACCGACUGGUCCCCCUGCCCGCAUUUCAAGGGGCACCUGGCAAGGUGUAUAGCUCAGUUAUUGGUGUUUAGAGCUUCAGCUAUCAAAAUGGGCAGAAUUUUCCUUGAUCACAUUGGUGGUACCCGUCUGUUUUCCUGUGCAAACUGUGACACGAUCCUGACCAACCGCUCAGAACUCAUCUCCACUCGGUUCACAGGCGCCACUGGCAGAGCGUUUCUCUUUAACAAGGUGGUUAACCUGCAGUACAGUGAAGUUCAGGACCGGGUCAUGCUCACUGGCCGUCACAUGGUUCGAGAUGUGAGCUGCAAGAACUGCAAUAGCAAGCUGGGAUGGAUCUAUGAGUUUGCCACUGAAGACAGCCAGCGCUACAAGGAAGGCCGCGUGAUCCUGGAACGAGCACUAGUUCGAGAGAGUGAGGGUUUUGAGGAGCAUGUACCGUCUGAUAACUCUUGAAGAAAGAGAGACCCAUUCAUCUUCUCCCAGGUCUCCUUCACUGAAAACAAAAAUCUACUUACAUACACUGUCACCUGAGCAUCAGAGUCGGAUUCAUGAACUGCAGAACAAGAAGUUGUGAGAAUCUAAGAUGGAACCUUUCUUUGUUUCUUUUUUUUUUAAUUUUGCAUUUUCCAUCCAAUAGCAGUGUGUAGAGAGAAUGUUAUGCAGACCCCGUUAUUUUUCCCUGUGUUUACAUCUUGAGGCAAAAGAGUCUGCAACUACAAGGUGGGCUGUGUGAGGAAAAAAAUUCUGGACUGUUCGAGAGUGAGGAAGUGUUUUAUGUAAAAAUUUGGGAGGAAAAUGUCAAGAGCAUGGUUUUUAAACUUAUUUGGGCUUCAUGUUAAAACAUUUUUCUGUAAGAAGUCAUUUGAUUUGCUAGCUUCAGAGAAGAGAUCCGAAUCUGUGCCCAACGCUAAAGGCUCAGUGUUAGCAUGGCUUGUGCUGGCCGUGUGCCAUAUUCUUGUUGGAGAUGAACCGUGGCCCAUUCUUCCCUGUCAGUCUUGGCUGUCCCUUGUGACGUGUCACCACGUAACUGGUGUUGAUGGCGUAGAACUACUUGGUUGCCUUUUUUUUCCAUGUAACUUAAGCAUAGUAAUAUAAAUAAAGAAAUAGUUGGAUAUUUUUGGUCUUGUGUUGCUUUUAAAAAUACCUAAUAGCAGGGUAUUUGAUAAAUAGUUUUCAUAGUAUUUGUUUUUAUCUCAGGCUAAAGAGGCUGUGCAUAUUCUGUGUUGAAAUGAAAGCACACUGUUAGACCCACAGUACUGCAUUUAGAAAACAGUGGAACAGAAGUUAGUGUGCGUUCAUGCAGAAAACACUUAAUCUAAAUCUGUUUGAAAAGGAGGGGAAAUGGAGCGUCUUAUCUACUAGUGGGGCUUUACAGAGCAUGUCAGCCCUUCCUCCUCGGUUGUGCGCCGAUUAUGACAAGUCUGGAGCCUGAUAGUUUCAUCAAAGGAAUAAAGCUCUGAUUAGCAUUAUUUUUUUCAGGCCCUCCCUGUGAAGCUCAGCUAUUGAAAUUGGAACUCUGUUUGUUACCCUCAAUUAGAAAGGGAUCGUUUUAGCCUCAAAUUUAUGACAUCACAGAAUGUUAAAAUGCAAACUUUUCUUUGUAUCCUAAGUCUAGAUUUUCUAGUAUUUGAUUUUGGUAGAAUAAUUGACAGUAAAAUUGGCUUAUUGUUAAAGAAAUGAAUGGAUGUUUACAUGCUGAAUUCUAGGUCUUUGUCUCCAAGGGAAGCUUGGCCUCAGUUGAGUCAGUGAAAUCUUUGAUAAUGAGGAGUGACCCCUGAGUAUAGUUAAGUUUUUAUUUGCCUUUGGAAUCUCAAGAGAGGCAUGGGUUUCUGUUGAAGUAAGUAUAAUAUGUUGAAGUAAGUGGACAAUGUUUCCAGUGUUCACAGUGGACUCAAACUUUAAGGAUUAAGAAACAGCAUCCAUUCCCAUUCAUUUCCAUGCUGGUCUUUGAUUAUAUGCAGAAUCCUAGUAGCAUGCCUUACCUACCUACAGCACUCUGUGCAUUUACUGUCAAUAAAGAAUAUUUUGUCUUGCA